AUGAAGGGAGGGCACGCGCUCUUCUCAUCUCAGGAUUGCACAGAGGAGGAGGCAAUGCGUGCGCGGUAUCAGUGGGCCGCCCAGCGAUGCAGGAAAAUGGAGCAAAGAAUAUCGCACGUCCUGCAUCCCGAUAUAAUUUGCCGCCCUCGAGAGCUUCAAUUCGUGGAUGAGUUCCGCAUGGUUGUCGGCGGACUCUCAAACUGGAUGGGCUGCUCGCACACGACAUUGCUGAGGACGAUACUCAUGCGACUGGCCGACGUUAUCAACUUCGCGCCACUCAAAACGCUCGUAUUCGUGUCGCGCAUAGUGCCGCUAUACCUCUGGGCCGCCAUCAUCAAUAACGAAACGUUACGGACAAUCCAUCUGGAGGCCGGCCUUGGUUCGACAGGGUCUAUCUGGCCAGACGCGCCACAAAUUCGAAAUCUCUUAAUCACCAUUCGCAACGACAAGGGCGCAGAGGGCGCGCGCAGAGUGAUAGGUCUCUGUCCCUCUCUGGCAUUCCUCAAUGUUAUCUCCGCCGACGCGGACACACCCAUUUCGAACUCAAUUGUGCGCCCCAUCUCACAAUGCUUGGAUCGCUCGCUUCGUCGACUGCACCUCUAUGGCAUCGACCCAUCGGCCGUGUCCAGCCUUGCUCGUACGCUGAAGAGUGCGGCGGCCCCUCUCCCACUCACGCACUUGUCUCUCACCUCUGCGGAGUGGACGCAUCUCAAGCGGAACUGCGUCCUCCGCCUCAUUCGGGGGCUGCGCAACCUACCGCAUCUGCGCGUCCUUUGCCUGCGUGGUCUGCAGUACACGCAGCCCGGGCUUUUCGGGCGCAUUGCGCGGUUCGCACCGAGGCUACAGGCGCUGACGGUCGGGCACCGGGUGUCGAUCCUUGAAGCUACCAAUCCCUUCUACGGUGCUCGCUGGCCCGCGCCAGCGUACGAGUAUGCCAAGUACCUGACCGGGAUGCGCGAGCUCCGGCACCUGGGCAUAAACAUGGAAUUACAAGGACGGGCUUACUCUCCUGCCGGGCUGCUAGGCUUUGAAAGAAGAAUGUCCGAACCCGAGAUCGCCAGCUCGCUUGACGAAAGCGACCCGGAGGACGAGAUCAGGGAUCCGGACGACUAUCUCACCCGAGACUCGGCGCGACAUACGGCGGCGAUGUUCGCUGCGUAUGCGCCUGCCUUGCAGUCGUUCUUCGCGGGCUCGGAGGAGGAUUGGGUGCCGAUGUUUUCCUGCACGUUCAGUCGGAAGGAUGGAGGAGGAAUUGCUGUGAACGAGCGACCGUCAGAGUCGGAGCUGAUUUGUCAUUCUGAAGGAGCCAAGCGCGACGACACAGCCCUCGGACCUCGAAGGCAGAAUCCCCCUUUGAAGCUCUACGCCGACGAUGUCUACGAAGCUCAGAACAGAUACUGGCAUGCCGAGUUGAAUUUACGGGUCACCAAGAAUGACAAGGACCCCGAAGAGCUUGAGUACGCCGAAGAAAGGGUCCAGCGCGCCCGCGAAUUCUGCGAGAUAGUGCUGGGGAGAGCGUACACGAACCGCCUCUUCGAUAGUCUCAUUGGAUUCCACACUGGAAGCCUUGACCUGUCAGGACGUCACCGUCCGCGCUAUAUGAAGCUAUGCACUCAGCUAGUCGCGAUGGCGAUGGAAUUGUUCGCGAUGAAGGACAAGGUCACCAUAUCCACCCGCGAGGUGCUGGACUGGGACUUCAAGCAGAUGAAGAAGGUGCCCUGCGUCGAGGCCGUCUACGACUUCGAACCGCCCACGCUCUGGGACGACUUUGCCGACAAAUGGCAUGUUAGGUAUUCGCACGAUUACGGAUCGCUGCAGCGCGGAGUUGAGCGUUGCCUGCACACCAUCGGGUCUGCGGAGGUCCGCUUUCAGGUGCUGCUCUUGACCGACCUGCCGCCGGAGCUCCUGGACUACAUCAUGUCGAUGGCCAACACAGAGGAGCUCGCCGCUUGGUCGGGGACGUGCAAGAUCCUGCGCGACCACGCACUCACAUAUGCCUACGAGGAAAUCAAAUACCCACUCAAUUCGGUGCAUACGCUGGACGUGGACCUCAUGGACAAGCUGCGAAAGCGGAAGGACGGGCAAGAGAAGGCGAACAAUUACGUGCGCAAGGUCGCCCUGCGGCAGCGGAAUGCGACCGUCAACCGAAUGCGACAUUUACUCAGGCAGAAGGACGCUUUGGCCAAGACGAAGAACAUAAUCUUCUACGAGGACUGGACUUCCGAUCACUGGAGGUGGUUUGAGUUGUUGGGCUGUUCGUACAACGAUUUCGUGGGUCCACUCGUCAAGCCUCUGGCGCAGCAAAUUCGUUUGGCGCCGCUCACUGAGUUUUCCUACCGAUCGCGGUCCUUGUACGGGCUGGUGUGGAAGGCCAUCUCGCAAUGCAUGACCCUUCACACGCUUACGCUCUUGACCAGCCUGCCUAUGAGCGUGCAAUGGCCUCCAGCGACCAGCGUCGUCAACCUUGUGCUGCAUAUGACGGAAGUCUAUCAGCCAGACUUCCUCUGGGACAUCGUUACGUACUGUCCCUCUGCGCUCUACCUUUGCGUCUUCGCACCCAGCCGACGAGGCGGAACCUCAAUACCGCGCGCCGUGUUCGGCGGCAACGCGUACAACCCCCUCACGCAACUCCGCCGGAUCGACUUGCAUGGGAUGGAUCCUGGGUCUAUCAUCGUCCUGGCAGAGGCUUUCGUGGCCGCCGGGUUGCCCCCUCUCACGCACUUCGCGAUCUCGGCGCCCACGAAGUCGCACAUUACGAGGGAGCCGGUCUUUGCCUUGAUCCGCUCACUGCACAACGCUCGCCAGCUGCAGACGUUGUGCAUCUCGACCCUUCAGUAUGUGCAGCCGGACCUCUUCGCCCUCAUUGGCGAGAACUUGCCCUGGUUGCGAUUGCUGGCGCUCGAGCAUCAGCCCAGCAAGUAUCGAGAGGUCAGGGGAGGCGGGACGCACUGGCCCCGCCCCUCCUUCGAAUACGCCCCUCAUCUCGCUGCCUUACCGCGCUUGAAGCACCUGGGGAUCAACAUAAGCGCGUACGACCUGACUUACACUCCGUACGCCAUGCAUCGCCUUGAAACCGGCUACGACGGCGCAUACGAGGAGGACGAACAUGAACUCGACCGCUUGUUCAGUCGGAGUACUGACGAUGUCGAUCUCGAUGUAGAGGACCCGAGACGCAUCGACGGCCUUGUACCCCCUCGCUGCUGUGUCCUGGGUCUUCGUGGGCCGUUGAUAGGGAUGCCGAUGGGAAAGUCACCCUUCACAUUCACAACCCAACCGAUGCUCGCUGCGAAGGGCUCCGGUUCAAGGAGCUCUCCCAUCGAGCUUUCCGACGACGAAGAUAUGCGCGCCCCUGUCCCGAAAGCACAGACGCUCGCAGUCAAGCCUGGGCGGAAUAACGCAACGCGGCAAACGUCGCCGGCGACGAGGAGUAAAUCGGCGAAGAGGAAACGUGAGGAGGAGCAGCCCGAUGCAUUCGUACCGCGACCGCCCCCGAAGGUCACCGCACAAGCCCCCGCGCCCGUCCAGCCCCAGCCGAAGCAGAAGAACAAGAAGAAGGCUAGCAACAAGCAACAGCAGGGUUCGAAGCAGGCGCAACCCCCUCCCAAAUCCUCCCAGCCAGCCCGUGCGAAGGCACCUGCUCCAGCCCCCACCGCCAAGAAGCAGAAAGGGCGCUCCAUGACGAUAGGCUACGAACCCGAUCCCGACCCCAAGGCUGCCCACGGCUGCAUUCCCAACGAAGCAUUAGCUCCCCUCGCUCCCUGGACGCCCGAUCCCGAGCGCACCCUGGUCAUGGAGAACAUUCCGAAGGCGUACCGCAAUCACCCUGAGUGGGUCUCCAAAUGGGCGCUGAGCGUCUGCGGCGUCGCGCCGCCAAUCGUGGUGACGAACAAGGUGCUCCGGGACAGGGCGAUCAUCGAGUUCCCCUCGAAUGCGCUAGCGUCGUCGGCCUGGAGGUCGAAGCGGUUGAAUCCCGAGCUCGACAAGCUGCCGCCCGAUCAGCUCAAGGGGCAGCCGCGACUAGACUUUAUCCGCGUUUAUUGGCUUGUGGUGGACGGCGAGUCGCCAGGGUACAAUCUGGCGCAGAAACGGCAGCAGGAGGCCAAGGGUCAGAUGCCUGCCUCAGAGGGCGGCGAAUCGUCCACUUCAUCCGCGCCUGCACCCAAAUUAUCCAAGAAGCAGAAACAGAAGCAGAAAGCGGAUGCUCAACACCAACAGCAACCCCCACAACCGCCACCCUCACUCACCCCAUACACCGACGCCGCACUCACACAAUUGCCCUCCCUGCCGAGACGACCAUCACUAUCCUUGACGCCAUACACCGACGCUGCUCUUGCGGCCAAUCAUGGUCAACCGGUUCCCCCUUUAUCCUAUACGCCCUAUGCGGACGCUUUCCUGCUCAGGCGCGCUCAAGCUGCAGCCGAAGGGCGGGACGUUUGGGACGACGAUCUCUACGCGCAGGCACUGGCGUCUCUUCCAUCUCUGUCUACGCCCAUCCUUCCACCACCUCCGCCCAAUGGCCAUUCUGCCUCGGACAGGGCAUCCCGGCCUCAAGCCUCCCGUCCAUCCCAAAGACAACCCCCUCCAAUGCAACUGCCGCUCAGGUCGCCGUCCCCUUUCGCCAUCGGUCCGCCGAUUGAUAUCGACAUGAACACCAUCCAGCGUCGCGCGUCGAGCUCGUCCGCGGACUGCGUGAUGAUAUCGCCUGUGCGGUCGAAUGCGGCGUCUUCGCCCGUACGUUCGCACGCGGCGUGCUCUCCCGUUCGCUCGAAUGCACUGUAUCCGCCCAUCCGCUCGGAGGCGGCGUGCGCUUCCGCAGACCCCAUCGUCAUCGACGUGGACGAGGGGGAGUACGAGGUGGAUGGUCGGAUGCAAUCGCUGGAGCCGGGCGAGAUACGGAUGGAUUAUGUGCCCCCUCCAGCACCUCCCAAAGCCCCCUUGGACCCGGCGCUGACACCACGAAAGCCUGCGCCAGUGGUGGCUUCGAAACCUGCGCCCGUGACGGCGUCGAAACCUGGACCGUCGAAGGGUGCGCACGCGAGGGAGUCCGCCCCGAUGGCGUCGUCUUCUAGCAAGUCGACGGCGGCUCCGUCGGGGAAGUCUACAGCGACCUCGUCGGGCAAGGCUACGGCGACCCCGUCUGGGAAGCCUUCGGCGGCUCUCUCGAAUGCGGCCAUCACACCGGAGCCCAUGGCUGUGGUGCAGGAUGAGGUCGAGGGAACGACCCAAGACAAGAGUGAGGGGGUGACGCGGUUGGAGGACGAGCUGAAGGCUUUGGUUCGCCAGAGUAGGCGGACGGCGCCACGGGCAGCACCAUCUCAUUCUGCUGGACCUUCUUCCUCUCAUUCCACUCAACUACCAUCUUCGCAUCCUACCCGGCCUCCAUCGCCUCCACCUCAGUCAUCUAUCGCGACCGCAACGACGUCGCUCACUUCGCAGUCCUCGCAGAUGAGCCAGAAAGCAUCUUCUGCGACGGUCCCUCAGAGCGCUCCCGCGACGGGCACCCAGACCGCAACCGCGAUGACAUCACAGAGAGCAACAGCGACAAUGAUCCAGAGCGCAGCCGCGACGGUGGAAGACGACGCGGAGAUGUUCAUCAAGAUGGCCAUCAGCGAGGCGUCGACGCAACCUUUGAGCGCAGACUCGGCAUCGGCGACGAGCGUAGGACCAUUGGUGCUGCAACCCUCAAUGCCAAUGACCAUUGAGCAGAAGACACAAGUAUUGCAGACGAGUAGCAGGACACAAGUGUCGCAAAGCUGGCCUCCCCAUGCGAGUAGCGGGUCACUCCACCCGAGUAACCGGCCACCCCCUGCGAAUAGCCGGCUCCCCCCCUCCACAGACUUCGAACGCCUCGGUGAUCAUCUGAACGAAAGCAAACGGCUUCUGGCAAUGCUGAGCGCCGCGAAAACAAAGGACGAGCGGGAGCGUAUCGUCGUGCUCAUCAAGGAAAUGAACAGGAGGUAUGCUACGGCGGGAGCAGCCGCGGCGUCCAGCACGCAACAACACACGGCCGGUCAGACGUCGAAGCCAAGGAGGAAGUGGCCAGCUCCCGAGCAAGGGCCGGUGAUCAUUGAGAUCAGCGAUGAUGAGUACGAGUACGACGAAGCGAGCUGA